AUGGAGGACGCGUUUGAUAGCGAGAGCCCCGAGCUCCAUGAAAGUCAGGUCCGUGACACUAUUGCAGAGCUCGAAGACAGGAUCAGAGAACAUGAAGUCGCGCUCGCAAAGCUUCGCGCGCAGCCACCGCCUUCGCGAAAGGCGCAACAACCGGCUUCGCCUGUCGCGUCGUUGGAAGUAAUGACAGAGGCAUACGACAAUCUCGCUGCACAGGCCCCUUACCUACCCUUUCCUGACUCUGUAUUACCAGCUUUACUGGCUCUGCAGAAGACUCAUGAGACGGUCGAGGACACAAGAGCUCACCUCACGAUGCACGCCGACUUGGUUGAGCAGGCCAAGAAGCGUCUUCGUGCCGAACAGACUGGUCUGAAAGACAACCAGGCUCUCAAUCAGAGCCUGCAACGAAGGAUUCGCACAUUGAAAGAUGACAUUGCGAAUCAGAUGGAGCUGAGCCCCGAUGAUGUCGCAAGGGAGCGCAUCAGCGAGCUGAAGCAGAAAUCGAAGUCCUACGAUCGGGAGACGUCCAAGCUGCUGCGGUCCAUGAAAAAGUUCAUAGACGAGCACCUGGCCGCGAUGCUGGCUGCAGAAGAGAUGGGAGGGCCUGUCGUUGGUGACAUGGUUGACUUCGAGACCGACGACUUGGCCGCAGGCUUUAAUGCCCAAGGACGACUGAAGAAAGCCAAGGACGGCACCAACCAGGACAAGCGCCAGAGACGUAUCGAUGAGAUCUGGGGACAGCCGCAGGAGGAUGAGUCGCGAGAUGCUGCCACAAGCGGACGUGAUGAGGCGACCGCUGCCGCAGCAGACAUGCGGGAGCUUACGGAGGCGCUCUUGAAUGGUCUUGCUCAAUCCGAAGGAGACUAUUCCGCAGCUUACGUACAGAUCCCUCGCGAAACAGCAGCAGCCAGGUUCCUGAUCCGUUCCAAGGUGGCCCAGUUUCACCCCAAGGACGCUAUGAGGUUGCGCCUCAUCGAUUUCGGCCGCGAGCUCGACGACUGA